AGUUUGAAAUACUUGGGUUCCGGAGUAAUUGCAGCAUGUCUAUGGUAGCAUAUCAGUUGAGUUAACGCUUCCUCUCCAUAAGUCCAUCAGUUUUAUUUUUUUACAUGUUCAGACUGUUAAUAACAAAUUCGCGUUGAUGCUGGAGAGUUACAGUCUUGGAGGUUGAUGGCUGCCUGUGUGCUUUGUCGACGGUUGCCCAGGCUACGCUACCUUCCAGGCUUGAGAAAGGAGUUUACCAAAGCUCAGCACAUGCGUCUCAAACAAGGGGAUGAGACUGAUGAUCAGGAGGGGAAGAAAGGAAUAUUGCAGCACCAGGAUGCCUCUCUCCAAGGAGAAUACAGGCUGUAUUACAACCCUUCCUCAUAUCAUCACUCUGUGUGGAACUCCUCCCGGUGCCAAACAGAUAAUGAUGAAGAUGAACAGUGUCUCCCCACUCUUGCACCUUCUUUCUGGCAACAGAGCAAUCGCUACAGUGUCAGUUGCUCGCGGCAUCUCUCCAGCUCAAAAAACACACUUCUUGACUUAGCUUUCAACAAAGGCCCUGAACCCGAAAUGCCAUCAGUGUCGCAGUACCACAGAAAACCCAUAUUACCAGAUGUAGAAGUAGAUACACGUGCCUUCCACAAAUGCCGGCCAGGGUAUGCCUCCAUGACCCUUGACCUCACCCAGAGGCCUCGCCCAAUCGAAUGGGAGGAGGCCUUGCCGCUGCUCCAAAAAGUGGCUGUUUUAAAGGGCAGCAUGAAACCAUCUGAUGUGUCUCAGUUUCUUGUGGGGCUCAGCCGCUUGCACCCAGACAAGAUGUCUCUAGUGAAGACUGACCAACGCUUCAUAAUGCUCCUCCGAUAUUCUGUGGAACACAUUCGCCUCUUUACUCAACUUCAGCUGCUGGAGGUGCUGCAGUCGUUUGUGUGGCUGGACAUGCCCUCAGCCCACACUGUGCUCGGGCUGUACGAGUCCGAGCUGUGCUGCCGGGCCAACCAGAUGAGCUUACACCAGUUGCUGUUAGUUGCUGACUUGUGGCGCUGUAUUGGGAGGCAGGUCCCCCAGUUCUUACAGCACCUCUAUGAUUCAGUCCAUCUGUAUCAGGGAGUGAUGGGGGUCCCUGAGCUGGUGCAGCUGUUGUAUAUAAUGGGAGAGGGUAGGCAGUGCCCAAAAGACUUGAUCCAUCUUGUAGAGCAGCUUCUCGUGCGUAAUUUACAUAUACUGUACCCCGAGGAGGUUGGUGCUGUAUGUUUGGGGCUCUUUAAAUCCCAGACUUCAAUAUCUCAGCGUGCAGUGACGCAUAUUGUUGACAAGGCACACUCUCUUGUGGAGGACAUGAGUGACUUUGCCAUGGUGAAUGUGCUGAAAUUCCUGCGCUUCAGCUACCUGUAUCACAGUGCAUGGCUGGAGGCAAUGGCACGGGAAGUUCCUCAAAGGGCCCACAGGAUGGGUGUUAAGGGGCUGAUGCAUGUGGCACUUGCCUGUUCAGCGCUGCAUUACCGCAAUGAUAACAUCCUAAUGGCAAUUGCUGAGAGAGUUCCCUCGCUGGUGCCGCACUGCAGGAGUAAAGACUCAUGCAAACUGCUGUGGGCCUUUGGCACAUUAGGAUUUCUCCCAGUUCAGAGCCCAAGCUACUAUCCGAGCCUUAUAGAAGCUCUGAGACAGAGGAAAGCUGAAUUCCAGCGAUACCCAGAGCAUCUGCUUACUGGCCUUUUAGGUCUGGCCUUUAUCUCUCAGUUCCCAGAGGACCUAAUUGCAUUAGCUUUGAGUCCAGAAUUUGUCAACUUAGCACUGAAAUACACACAGCUUGAGCUGAGAAAAGACCUGUUCACUUUAGAUGGAGCAGUGGCUCUGGAGCUGCCUCAGUGGACUGGCCCGCGGCUAAGCUGUGAACUGAGGGAGGAGGUAGCAGAAAUGCUGUGGAAGUUUGCUCAAUCAGAUGUGUGCCAGAAGCCAGAGGUUCAGGAGGCAGAAUCUGCUCUGCAAGACUUGCUUGGAGGAGAGACAUUUGUGUGCAAGAGAAUGAUUCUGCCCCACACUCGCUCCAUCGACCUAGAAGUGCAUCUUGACUCCACUGGACAGCCUAUACCGGUGAACCCAGAAUCCCACACAGCAAGAUCAUCUCCAGAGAGCACUUCAUCCAAAUUUCCGUCUCAUCAGGGUUGGGGGAGAAUGAAUAUAGGAGUAACUAUAACUGAGGAACUUUUAGCACAGAUAAUAAAUACCAAAAACACUACAGAACCUUUAACCCCAUCUUCUGCAGUUAAGCCUGCAUCUCUUCACAGAGUAGAGCCUGAUGAAGGUGGGAGACUGUUUGACCCAGGGCUGGAACUGACCAGUGACCUUACUGAAGCUCUUACCAAACCCAGUAGUCUAGGUUCAGAUCUUCAGGAUUCCAAAGACACAGUCAAACUUGCUCUCCAGGUCUCCAGCAGGAACCACUACUGCUACCAGUCACAGCAAUUGUUGGGCCUGCAUGCCAUGAAGAGGAGGCAGUUGAAGUUGGCAGGCUACAGGGUUGUGGAGAUUAGCCAUCAGGAGUGGUUUCCCAUGCUAAGGAAAAGCAGGGCUGAGAAGCUGGCAUACCUGCACUGCAAAGUCUACAGCGGGCUGUAAUGAUUCUCAGAUGUCAAGGAGCCAAAAUAAAUCACAGCAAACUCAGACUGCAAUACAAACAAGUUUAUUAAUAGUAUGUCCAAACACAGAAAAAGGUCUGGUAAUGAGAUAGACAGAUGUUUUCUUAUCCCUACCCACCAUUUACAUUUUCCACAUGUUUAAUUCAAAAUACGUAAUUCAUAAUAUGAAGGUUUUUUGUAAAAAUGUGAGUUAUUUCAAGACAUUUCUUGUGAAAAUAAUGUAACAGUAUUCAAAUACUCACUGUCCCGGUCAAGGUUGCGGUGUGAUAUCAUAACAUACAGUAGAUAUUUUGAAUGUAUUUUCUUUUCUAAAUUUACGUAAAUUUGAAUCUUCCUGCAAGAAUUUGCUUAUGCCUUCCAGGAUCUGUAGAAAAGUAAAGAG